AUGUGCAUUUCCGUCAAGACGAAAUUUUUGGUGCUCUUGCUGUUUGCUGGCUCGUUUACAAUGAUAAAAGCCGCCAGCCUUGCACGGGUCCGUGACGUCUGGGGCAAUCAGUACUAUGCCUGGGUAUCAGAUACUGGUUUUGGUGGUAAUGGUGGUUCAAGCUCAUGGAGUGUUAUUGGUACCGGUGGUGCGGGGGGAUGGGGCGGAAGUCUCUAA